AUGGCUUCCAAGUCUAAAACUAGUUUAUCGGAAACUACUCCUCCUCCGGGAAAAUCAUCUCCUGCAACUCCGAGAGUUGCAAAAUUGAGCAGGCCAGUGAACAAAUCCGAACCCAACUCUGCAUCGCCGACUCCAAAGUCUCGGCUCUCACUUGAUCGUUCUUCCCCAAAUUCAAAUCCUUCUGUUGAGAGACGAUCACCAAAAGUUCCAACUCCACCUGAGAAAACUCAAGCGAGGGGAGUAGUGAAAGGAUCAGAACCGCAGACGACCACACGGUUGAGUCAAAUCAAGGAAGAUUUGAAGAAAGCGAAUGAGCGGAUCGCUUCACUGGAGAAGGAAAAAGCUAAAUCACUUGACGAGCUCAAAGAAGCUAAAAAGGAAGCUGAAGAAGCGAGUGGGAAGCUUGAUGAUGCUCUAAAAGCUCAGAAAAAUGUCGAGGAGAAUUCCGAGAUUGAGAAAUUUCAGGCUGUUGAGGCAGGGAUCGAGGCUGUUCAGAAAAACGAAGAAGAGUUGAAGAAGGAACUCGAGAGCGUCAAGAGCCAACUCGCUUCAGAUUCCGCUGCUCUUCUCUCGGUUACGCAGGAGCUUGAGAAAGUGAACCAAGAAUUGGCUGCAGCCAAUGAGGCCAAGAGUAAGGCUUUGAGCCUAGCGGAUGAGUCUAGCAAGAAGGUUGAAGUUCAUGCGGAGAAAGUUGAGAUCUUGUCUUCGGAGCUGACUCGGUUGAAAGCUCUGCUUGAUUCAACUCGAGAAAAGAAGGAGAUUUCGGGUGGUGAAAUGGUUUCAAAGCUAGAAGAGGAGAUUGUUGUUUUGAAAAGAGAUGUUGAGAACGCGAGAAGUUUUGAGGCGGAGGUUAGAGAGCAAGAGAAGAUCAUUGAGAAGCUUCAUGUGGACUUAGAAGCUGCAAAGAUGGCAGAAUCUUGCGCGCACAUCUCGUCCGAGGAGUGGAAGGGGAAAGCCAAAGAACUGGAGGAGCAGCUGGAAGAAGCUAACAAGUUGGAGAGAUCUGCCUCUGUAUCUUUGGCAUCUGUGAAGAAACAACUUGAAGGAAGCAAUAAAAAGUUGCAUGACACAGAAUCUGAAAUCACUGGUCUUAAGGAGAAAGUCGUGACGUUGGAGACAACCAUUGCUAGACAAAAGGAGGAUCUUGAGGAAUCUGAGCAACGUUUGGGGAAUGCAGAAGGAAAAUUGUCUGAGAUGGAAAAAGAAGUAGAGAAGUUGAAGAAUGAGCUUGAAACUGCCGAGGAGGAGAAGAACAGGGCUUUAAAUAAGGAGAAAGAUGCUUCUUUGAGUGUUCAAAGGCUCUUGGAACAGAGAAAGAAGCUUUUAGCUGACCUGGAAAGCUCAAAGGAGGAAGAGGAGAAGAGUAAGAAAGCAAUGGAGAGUUUAGCUUCGGCUUUGCAUGAAGUGUCGAGCGAAGGAAGGGAGUUGAAAGAGAAGCUGUUGAGUCAAGGCGAUCACGAGUACGAAACACAGAUUGAAGACUUGAAGCUGGUGAUUAAAGCGACGAACGAGAAGUACGAGAAUAUGCUUGACGAAGCGAGACAUGAGAUUGACGUUCUUGUUAGUGCGGUGGAGCAGACUAAGAAACAUUUCGAGAGCUCGAAGACUGAUUGGGAGAUGAAAGAAGCUAACUUGGUGAAUAACGUGAAGAAGAUGGAAGAGGAAGUUGCUUCGUUGGGGAAAGAGAUGAACAGGUUGGACAAUUUGCUGAAGAGAACGGAGGAAGAAGCCGAUGCAGCUUGGAAGAAAGAAGCACAGACGAAAGACAGUUUGAAAGAAGUGGAAGAGGAGGUGGUUUAUCUUCAGGACACUCUCGGGGAAGCAAAAGCAGAAAGCAUGAAACUGAAGGAGAGUCUGUUGGAUAAAGAAACCGAGUUUCAAAGCGUCAUUCAUGAGAAUGAGGAUCUUAGGGCAAAGGAAGAUGUUUCUGUGAAGAAGAUCGAGGAGUUAUCAAAGUUACUAGAGGAAGCAAUGUUGACCAAGAAGAAAGCGGAAGAGGAGGACGUUGAGCUCAGUGAAAGCGAGAAAGACUAUGAUUUGCUACCGAAAGUGGUUGAGUUUUCUUCUGAGAACGGUCAUAGAAGUGUAGAAGAGAAAUCUCCUAAAGUCGAAACCAUUGAUCACGAAACUCCACAAGAACAUAUCAGCAAUGGGAAUGGCAAUGGUGUGGAGGAGAAAGAUGUGAAUGGAAAACCUGAGGCGAAAGUGGAGAAGACUGAGAAGAAAGAAGAAUCUCCAGAUGAUGACAAAGAUGACUCGGUUGAAGUUAUAUUCAAAAUGUGGGAAAGUUGCCAAAUAGAGAAGAAGGAAGCUUUUCCGGAAAAGAAAUCAGAACUAGAGUCUCAAGAAGAGGAAGAAGAUUCAAGCAAAAUGGAUGAAAGCGACAAAACCUCAACAGAGAACAUCGAAGAGACCGGAAACGCUUUAACCUCAGAUGAUCAGCUAACGAUGGAGAAGAAGAUCAAGAAGAAGAAGACUUUACUUGGUAAAGUUGGGAAUCUCCUCAAGAAGAAAGCACCCGCACCCGUAAGCCAGAAAUAA